GCUGCGGUGGUGCGGCUGGGAGGGUCUGAGACGUUGACCUGGGGGCCUGAGGUAGGAGCUCCGCCACCUGGGGUCCUGAAGAAAAUCCGAAGUGGCGGACCUGUAGACUGGGCUGGCCGGGAGGUUGAGACCCCGCUCACGCCCAUCCCGACUGUCUACCACCAGUGUUUCCGGAUGCACUAGCGUCCCGCGCGUGUCCUGUCGCCAUCCCCCCGCCCGUCCCUCCAUUGGCAUUAAAUUCCGUUGCAUUAGGUGGCAAUGCUUAAGAAUCCAGGCGGCGACGUGUUCUUUUGCUGUGCCAGUCCGCAGGAAGUGCACGUGAUGGCUUUGGACACCAAACCCUAAUCACUCCACUCCGUUCCUGAGAGCAGCGCCUGACCCUGGCCUGCCACGCAGGAGGCAAUCAGUAAAUGUCUUUUGAAAGAAAAGGAUAUUAAGUGUGUUUAGAAGAUGCCCGUUAAAGAAAGCUCCAAUGAGACCGUUUUGAGUUAAGGUUUGGUUAGUGCAUUGCAUCUCCCGCAAUCUCAAUCCGCAGAAACUCCGGAAUUCAUACAUGGCCCUUUCGCUUCCAGGUCAUUCCCCGGGGCAGCAGUGGCGGCUGUAAUUCUUGUCAGAGCCUUACUGUCGAUUACAGGGAGAAGCAGCCUUUUAGGUGAGACACCCGGCGUGCAGAGUGCAGGGAGACGAGCCCGGCGGGCCUCUCCCGGACACCUAGGGGCGUUGGAAACAUUCCUUCGGGCGCCUUUCUGGGGAAUUGUUUGGGUAAGGUCCUGUGUUCCGUCACGUGAAUGAUUAAAAGUUGUUACCUAGGGGAAGAAAUAGGGAAAAGAAGGCUGUCUUCCGAAGGUGGACGAGAAACUACAAAACCGAGCUUCUCGGGAACUGCCUUAUAGUGUAACAGGAAGUGGAGCGUCAGCGAAGGGAUGGGGCGGUGACUCGGGGACUGUCCCCCUGCUCCAGGCGCUCACUUUGCAGGCGGCGCUUCUUCCAGGUUAUCAAUCCACCAAAUGAGACACGGUAGCUGUACGCUGCUUCGUUUAGAAAAAGCAGAAAUGAGCAAGCGAGCCGCCCCUUCCUUUUUAGGAUAACCAAGCUGCAAGCAAGUAAAUCGACGAGCCCCACUGCAUUCCUCUGCACUCGAGUGCCAGGAGAGGCUGUUCCUAUCAAUCACUUGAAGCCAUAAGGAAAUUUUUUUUUAAAGUUAAAGUUUAUCACAAUGAGGUGUUGCCACAUCUGCAAACUUCCUGGGAGAGUGAUGGGGAUCCGAGUGCUUCGUUUCUCUUUGGUAGUUAUCCUUGUGUUGUUACUGGUAGCUGGUGCUUUGACGGCUUUACUCCCUAAUAUCAAAGAAGACAAGAUGCUCGCAUUGCGUAGGGAGAUAAAAUUCCAGGGCAAGUCCACCACAGAUUCCUUUACUCUUAUCAUGCAGACAUACAACAGAACGGAUCUCUUGUUGCGACUUUUAAAUCACUAUCAGGCAAUACCACAUCUGCACAAAGUGAUUGUUGUGUGGAACAACGUUGGGGAGAAGGGACCAGACGAGUUAUGGAAUUCUCUAGGGCCUCACCCUGUCCCUGUCAUCUUCAAACUACAGACAGCAAACAGAAUGAGAAAUCGACUCCAGGUCUUCCCUGAACUGGAAACCAGUGCGGUGUUAAUGGUAGACGAUGACACGCUCAUUAGUGCCCAGGACCUUGUUUUUGCUUUCUCUGUCUGGCAGCAAUUUCCUGAUCAGAUUGUAGGAUUUGUUCCUAGAAAGCAUGUCUCUACUUCAUCAGGUAUCUACAGUUACGGAGGUUUUGAACUGCAAACACCAGGGUUUGGAAAUGGUGACCAGUACUCUAUGGUGCUGAUUGGAGCUUCAUUCUUCAACAGCAAAUACCUUGAGCUCUUUCAGAAGCAACCUGCAGCUGUCCAUGCUUUGAUAGAUGAAACUCAAAACUGUGAUGACAUCGCCAUGAAUUUUAUCAUCUCCAGGCACACUGGGAAGACUUCAGGGGUAUUUGUGAAACCUGUAAACAUGGGCAGUUUAGAAAAAGAAACCAACGGUGGCUAUCCUGGAAUGUGGCAUCGAGCUGAGCACUUUCUGCAGAGGUCUUACUGUAUAAAUAAGCUGGUUAAGAUCUAUGAUAGCAUGCCCUUAAAAUACUCCAACAUUAUGAUUUCUCAGUUUGGUUUUCCAUAUGCCAACCACAAAAGUAAAAUGUGAAAGUCAAAUGAACAAAAACAAGCCUCAAAACUACUUGGUAUUUAAGUUGCUUCUCUAUGUUAUAUAGUUGUUUUUUUGUUUGUUUUAAAGUAACGUUAGGAACUUUUAUCCAAUCCAGAAGUCUCUACAAAAGAAAAAAAUGUGCAGUGCUUCUAGGAUAUGAAAUUGAUAUUGACUUCAAAAACCAAGAAGCUGGUGUUACCCAGAUAGGUCUUCUGGAAAAGGGUUUUUAUCCAGAGAUGUAACUUUUUCAUCAAUGAUUUUAUUGUUUACAUUCUGAGACUGUUCUACAAUUUCUUUGACUCCUGGCAUUUGCCUUAAGGACCUGCAAGCUGUUUCCAGGAUCAGAAAUUUGAGAGAGGCAUUUCUCAGCAUUUUCACUAAAGGGGCUGAGUGUUUUAAUUUGAAGCCUGAAUGCCUCUUUAGCAAAAGCCUGUAGUGUAGGGAAAAGCCAUGUGAAAAGAAAAGAGUUUCAAUCUCAUAUAUAAACAGGAGGAAAUUCGCGGUUACCAGUGCUUCCCUUGUGGCCAUUCCAACCAGUCCUCCAGGAUUAACUCAGCCUAGCGUGGUUUUGAUGCAAACAUUAGUGCUUUUAUGUUUAUUGAUAAAUGUGUUGUGUUUGCUUGAUUUUUCUGAACAUUUACUGCAUGGAUGACAAAAAAUGCAGCCUAUGUUUCUUAUAUGCAGCUAAAGGAGUAAAUGUGUUACUAGGUUCAGGUAAUACGUUUUGUCCCUGAAUCUGACCUUGGGAAUGUACAUUAAUUCUUAUAUUUUGUAUAAAGUAUGUGUUGUCUGAGAAAUAUGUACAAAAUAAGUCUUCUGAAAGAAUGAUUAAGUAGCAAAUGACACAAGUAUCAAAACCUUUAGUAUCAAAAGAUAUUUAUUAUUAAAGCAUAGAUUAUCUCUUGGAUACUAGAGAGAUUGUAUGUAUUGUACACAAAGUCAACCUUUUGCAUUCUAAACUUCACUGUUGGUCUUUUUUUCUCCCCCCAAAAAAGGAUCCAAAGCACUGCUCAUCAUGAUGAAAUUUCAAUUUCAUAGAUGUAGGAAAAAAUAAAAACUGAGUCAUAGCAGAGGAAUUCUAUAAGGUAUUUGCCUUAGCUUAUUGUUCAGGUUAUCUACUCUCUGUUGUGUGAAUUAGAGGGUUUCUGUUCCAGUGUCUUCUAUUUAGCCCCUGUUGGUGACAAAGAACGUUAAAUAAACCACCUUCUUUUUCUCAUUUUUACGAAAUGCCAGUAUAUUCUCACAGCAUGUUGCAAAGCUAUGAAAACUUAAAAAAAAAAAUUAUGGCUAGUAUUCCAACAAUGAGGUCUCCAUGCAGUGAGUUCAAUAUAUUUUGUUUCUUUACAUGGGGGUGUGUAUGUGUCCUAAUGCAGUCAGAGAAAACCGGUAGAACUUGGAGCCUCACUAAAAUCUGUAUUGUUCAUAAAAAACCCAUAUGACCCAGCAAUUCUACUCCUAGGUAUUUAACCAAAAGACUUGAAAGCAGAGACUCAAAAAGAGAUUUGUUCACCAAUGUUCAUUAUACCACUAUUUACAAUAGCUAAAAUGUGGAAACAACCUAAAUGCCCAUCAACAGAUGAAUGGAUAAAUAAAAUACGGUAUGUACAUACAAUGGAAUAUUACUCAGCCAAUAGGAGAAAUAAAGUCUUGAUACAUGCUACAGUGUGAAUGGAGCUUGAAGACAUUAUACUGAGUGAAAUAAGCCAAUCACAAAAGGACAAAUAUUGUACGCCCUAACUUAUAUACAAAGACAAGAAAAGGCAAAUGUAUAGAGACCAAAGUUUAUUAAUGGUUGCCAGGGGCAGGAGGGAGGGGAGAAAGGUGGUUAACAGUGAUAGAAAAAUCGCAUUGAUUAAUAGUAGGGUUGCACAGCCAAUUAUUGUAAUUACUGUAAAUAAAUUGUACACCUGUAAAAAAAUUGAAUUGGCAGAAGUCGUGUGAUAUAUUUACAACAACGACAAAAAAAAGUAGCUGCUGAGCCUGCUUAUGUACAACCAAAAACCUUAUGGGAUUUGGCUCCUUGGUUUCGAGGUUUAGGGUCAUGGUUUCAUGGGACAUCCCAGUUAAUUGGCCUAAUAACGUGUUUAAUGCUUAUGUUCUACCUCCUAGUUCGUUGUGUAGCACCAGGGGUCUUAAAAGCUUGCAAAUGGCCAUCCACGGUAGAGCAGAUCAUCUCUAUUCUGAAGAUGACUCUGAAGUCUUCUUUAAACUGAGCAAUAGUUUAGCUUAACCGGUAAAAAAGGUCAGCCUUGAGCAUUAUACUUUUUUAAGAACUAUAUGGUAUCAAACUGACAACAGCAACUCAGAAGAUGAGCUAGGAAACUCAGGGGGCAGUGAGUUGAUGUUAAUGAGGUAGGAACAACUCAGAAAAGGGGGGUAAGAAUGGUUGUACAACUGGAGGAAUGUAAUCAAUGUCAUAAAACUGUACGUGUAGAAACUGUUGAACUGGUGUAUGUUUUGCUGUGUGUAUUCUCAACAACAACAAAAUAAAAUUUAGAAAAAAAGAACUUAUACUGUCAAUUAUCUGCUUUGCUUUGUCCAAUCUUAGUGAUUUUUUUUUGUGUGUGUGCCUCUUGGGCCACCAGCAGAUAAAUUAACUGUUACCAUCCAUGUGUUGUAUCUAUGUUAAUUACGCAAACUCAGGUUUUUGUGGCUGUUGUGUUAACAGAUUUCUAAAUAUUUCAGUAUAUUGCCC